CCUGAUUGUCAACCCAACACCAUUCUGUCUCUUGGGGCCACUUCUGCUUACUCUUGAUGCAAACAGUUGACAAAGCCUUGAUGGACCGAUACCACUAUGUCGGGACAUCCAGGAAGCACUCGGCGUGACAUCAGCCAUAACGCAUUCAACGAUCAUACCAGGAUCCAUCAAGGAGAUGUCCACAUCAAUCACUACAGCUCGCCCCGCCCGACUCCCCACACUGGGGUUAUCCGCGUCAUUCCUUAUCCCCGCAACGAAGAUCUGAUCCAUCGCCGAGAUCUCAUCGACAAACUAGAUGAGCUUCUUCCAUCGACACCAGAGUCUUGCAGCGCCGCCCUUUGGGGUCUGGGAGGCUCAGGCAAGACGCAGAUUGCCCUAAACUAUGCCUACCGACGAUGCGAUACCGACCAAGAAUGUUGUGUCUUCUGGGUCCAUGCUGAAAACGAAACCACCUUUGCGGCCGACUACAAGGCAAUCGGAACAAAAUUAGGAUUUGAUGAGCAGCUUGAUGGGACGCGGCUGCUCAAUGCGGUGCGAACUGCAAUUGAAGCAAUGCCAAAGUGGUUGAUGAUUAUCGACAACGCGGACAACCUGAGCCUAUUCGGAGUUGGUCGACAGGCGCAGGCAGAAGAUGAGACUGAGCAACAGGGCAAUAGCAUGCGUUAUUAUAUCCCCUGUUCUCCACAAGGAACGGUCCUAUGGACGAGCCGAGACGGCCAUAUCGCAGGCACCCUGGUCGGAGCAAGUCGCUGUAUCAAGGUACAAUCCAUGGCCGUGGAUGAAGCGAGACAUCUUCUUGGGAGCACACUAGACAAUACUUCGACAACACCUGAAAUGCUGAGAGGUGCAGGAACAGAUGCCCUCUUAGAAGAACUACAGUACCUACCACUGGCCAUCUCCCAAGCCGGCGCGUACAUGAAGCGUUUAUCGAUGACGGCCGAAGAGUAUCUCAACCACCUGAACCAAGGAAAAACUAGGUGGGAAGUGCUUAAAGUCAGCGAUACUGACCGACACCGGCGCCCGGAAGUAUCAAACAGUGUGCUUGAGACAUGGAAGAUCUCAACAGAGCAAAUCCGAGCUGAAAGCAAGAUUUCAUACCAUGUACUUCACGUUACCGCAUAUGUCGACAAUCAAGACAUACCGGAAGAGCUACUGGUAGCCGCGGCUUAUUCAUUUGCUAUCGACGAAGAUCAAGAUGAACAUGAGAAUGAACAGGGCUCAGGCAUACAGAUCUCGGAGUUUGAAGCUCUGCAAUCAGUGGCGCGGCUACAGGAGUUUUCCUUUCUCAACCUACGCCGAACAGAAGGCUGUGAGCGACGCUAUGAGAUGCACAAGCUGGUCCAAGAGGCCAUACGGUAUGACCUGAGAAUUCGAAGCUUAUCGGAGAACACAACAUGCAGCGGAACAGAACAGUUGGAAGCAUUCUACAGCGCUAAGUCAUUGCAUGUAGUAGAUGACCUCUUCCCUACAGAUAGAAAACGGACUUCGUGGGUGCAGUGUGAGAAGUAUGUUACACAUGCUAUAAGAGUAGGGGAGUGGGCAGAAUUGAGCAGCACAGAAGUUCGCACAGCCAGUCUGCUCCAGGCUGUUGCUAUAUUUCUCUACGAUCGAGGCCGAUGGCGAGAGAUUAAGUCGUUGUUUGAACGAGUAUGGAGUCUUAGACGAGACGUGCUUGGAGAGAAGCACCUAGACACAAUUAUGGCCCUGCAAAACAGUGGGUUGACGUACAACGUCGAAGGCCAGUAUGCUAAGGUACUACCUAUUUAUCUAGAAGUACUGCAACUCCGACGGCAAGUGCUCGGAGAGGAAGACCCAUCUACUUUAAUCUCUCUAGGAUUACUUGGAUCAGCAUAUUUUGAGCUGAAACAAUAUAAUAAGGCAGAGAUACUACAUGAAAAGGCACUGGAACUACAGCGCGUUGUGCUCGGAGAGAAACAUAUUGACACAAUUCAAUCUAUGAGAGACCUUGGAUACACAUACUUAAGGCAGGGUCGGCUGAAUAAAUCGCAAGAGAUCGCAAUUAAAGCACUAGAAAUUACACGGGAGGUGUUGAGGGAGACAAAUAUGGAUACGAUCGAUGCGAUGGAAUUGCUUGCGCAGACAUACAUUGAACAGGGUCAAUACAAAGAAGGUGAAGUCAUCUUGGUUGAAGCACUGAGUCUUGGAAAAGACGUUCUUACAGAGACGCAUCCAACCAUUCUUGGGUUCAUGGCGGAUCUUGCGUUGAUAUACAAAAGACAGGGCCGAUAUAAUGACGCUGAAUCACUCUAUCAAACUGUUUUGGACUUACGUCGACAAGUCCUUGGCGACAAUCAUCCCAAGACAUUGUCUGUAUUCAUGGUCACUGAAGUUACUUGGUUCUUUACAUGA